UAGUUAGAACUUAGAAGAAAAAUGAAAAAAAGGCAGUGAAGUGAGUAAACAAGGAGAAGGAGAGAGAAAGAGAGAGUAGAGAUGAGUAAACAUGGCGAUGGAGAUGUACCCUGUUGUGGGACGAGGUUUUCAGUUUAUGUAGUUAUUAUAAUCGGCUUAGUUACGUUUGCUGGUCUCAUGGCUGGUCUUACUCUCGGUCUCAUGUCUUUGGCUCUUGUUGACCUCGAAGUCCUCAUCAAGUCCGGCCGUCCUCAGGACCGUAUCCACGCUGCUAAAAUAUUUCCGGUGGUUAAGAAUCAACAUCUCUUGCUCUGUACUCUUCUCAUUGGGAACUCUUUGGCAAUGGAGGCUCUUCCGAUAUUUUUAGAUAAACUUGUCCCUCCUUGGGCUGCUAUCGUGAUAUCAGUAACUCUGAUUCUUAUGUUUGGUGAGAUUUUGCCACAGGCAGUUUGCACACGCUAUGGGUUAGUUGUUGGAGCGACAUUGGCACCCUUUGUUCGUGUGUUGCUUUGGUUAUUUUUCCCCAUUUCUUAUCCAAUUAGUAAGGUUCUUGAUUGGAUGUUGGGCAAGGGACAGACUGCACUUCUACGAAGAGCUGAACUUAAAACUUUUGUUAAUUUUCAUGGGAAUGAGGCUGGGAAAGGUGGGGAUUUAACACAUGAUGAGACUACUAUCAUAACAGGUGCACUUGAACUCACCGAGAAGACUGCAAAGGAUGCCAUGACUUUGAUAUCGAAGGCAUUUUCCCUUGAUCUGGAUGCAACUCUUAAUUUGGAUACACUUAAUGCUAUUAUGGCAAUGGGACACAGUAGAGUUCCUGUUUAUUAUCAAAAUCCCUUGAAUAUAAUCGGAUUAGUCCUGGUUAAGAAUCUUUUAGGAGUUGACCCUGAUGAACGAGUGCCUCUAAGAAAGAUGACCAUUAGAAAAAUCCCCAGGGUUCCUGAAAGUAUGCCACUGUAUGAUAUCCUGAACCAGUUUCAGAAGGGCCACAGUCACAUUGCAGUUGUUUACAAAGAUUUGAAUCUGAUGAAUGGAAGGCCUGAUGAUGAGUAUGGUAGUUCAGGUAGUGGUGUAGUUCCUCAUCUGCAAGCGAAUGAUGUAUAUGCACUUACUAACAUUGACGGAGGCCAACAGGUGAAGAAAAUUCCUGGUACUACAACCUUCAAACGACACAAAGGUUGCUCUUUCUGUAUUUUGGACAUAGAGAACGUUCCAGUUCCUGAAUUUCCACCUAAUCAAGUCGUAGUUGGUGUGAUUUCCAUGGAAGAUGUAAUUGAAGAACUGCUCAAGGAGGAAAUUUUGGAUGAAACUGAUGAAUAUGUUAACAUCCACAACAGGUACGGGCAACAUUUCUUGCAAGUCCUUUUUGUUCUGCCUUUCACUCCACAGACUGAUAUGGAAGGCCAAAGGGUUUCUCUUAAGGAUAAGAGUCAACAUGAAUGCAUCACAUGAGCAGCUUCCUGGCGUAACUACUUGUGUUCAAUCUUCUUGAGAUAGCUCCUCAUCUACUACUGUUUGCCUUGUUGAGAUAACUCAUCUACUGCUUGCACUAGUGAUACUGUUAUUGCACUACUACUGCCUUAAAAAUACACUGCCGAAUCGGACUGCCCCGGUGAUGAGUAAAACUUCUGAAGCAGAUACGCCUUCAAGGAUAGAUAGAUUGGUUUUAUUAGUUUUUAUGCUUCAUGAUUAUUAUUAUAUUAAUAUGUUCCUCCAUAUCUCCCUAAGCGAAUCGAAAGUCAUACUAAUAUCAAUUGUCAUCUAUGUUGUAAAUACCAUCUUCUUUGGACAAUUGUACUGCAUAUAAUUCUUCAACAACAUUUAUUUUUUUAUGAUAAAUUAAAUGCGGAUAUAUUUUUAUCA